CAGUCUAUCAACUUAUUGAAAGGGAAAUGUGUGGACAUUUAUCAGUGUAUUGUGAUUAAACUGUUCGGAACAAAAUCGAAGUUGGAAUACAAUUUUUAGAACUACAAAGAAUAAUCUAGAGAGAAGUGCUAAAAAUGAAAUUCUAGUUGCGAAAAAUGGUGGAUUUGUGAUACAGGAAAUUAUAUUGUUGUAUUCAGUCAUUUAUGAUUGUCAUUAAAGUUGACAUAGUUUGUUAUACUCACUGGCUACUUGGAUACAUAGUAAUGAUGGAGUUUUAAUGAUAUGCCAAAGGUCAAUGUCUGCGAUACUGUUAUAAACAAAAGACAAAUUCGCAUAGAGAAUUAAGUUGUUAAUAUACAUGACUUACCAAUAAUACUAUGUACUUGAUGAAAACAUCAGUGUGAAUCAAAUGGUUUCCUUUCAUUUUUCAUGAAAACAAACUUUUGAAAAUGGCUGGAAUAACGAGAAGGAGUUAUGCCUCUGAAGAAGUGGCGCUCAAUGGAUAUAUUUAACUUUUCUCCGAGAGAGAAUCCUAUUAUGGAAAGUAUAAGUAAUAAAUUUGCGGAGAUAUCACAAUCACAUGCUGGCACAUUACUGAGAAAUCGAAGGCUGGGCAGCCUUGGCAGUGUGAAGAGUACAGAUGACCAGUCACCAAAGAAAGAUGAACAGACUGACAGCCCUAAUGCACCAUUGCUGCUACAGAGGACUGCCAUUAUUCAGAAAGAUGAAAAAGGGUAUGGGUUGACUGUCAGUGGAGACAACCCUGUAUAUGUAGCUAGUGUCAAAACUGGCGGGGCAGCAGAGAAGGCAGGUGUUCAAGUAGGGGACAAGAUAAUAAAGGUGAAUGGUAAAUUGGUGACGAACUCAAACCAUACAGAGGUUGUCAAGAUGAUUAGGGCCGGAUCCUAUGUGGCGUUGACGCUGCUUGGCAAGCCAUCUAACACCCAUCUACCAAACAGAGACUCUAUUUAUGAACGUGAGCCUAGCACCAGAGAAUCUUCAGGGUCCUUUAGAGAUUCAAUAGUGGAUAAAAUCACCGGACCACAACCAGUAGAUGCUGAGAAAGAGAAAGAGGUGCGACAACAGAAAGUGAACACGAUACGUGUUAUGUACGAGACAGUGCAUGAGGAAUAUGAUAAAAUAAGGAAAGAGUGUAAAGCAAACCCCUUAAACAGUAAACUGCAAGACAAGUUGCAAGAGAAGGAGAAGACGUUAAAGAUUUUAGAGGCACAGCUACAGAGUAUUCCAGGUGGUACUGGGAACUUUAGCCGAGAUUCACAGCCGCCAGUAAUAAAUGUAGAUUCGGAGUCGGUUACGUCAGAUACUCACUCAGUGUCCUCAUGGCUUCCCAAGAAAGAGCGUAAACACAUGAAACACAGCUCCUCGCCCGGGGCCAUGUAUAGCCCCGCUGAGGCCCAGGAAAGGGGUAGCGCAAAUGUCUCUAGGUCUAAAUCAGAUGUUUCUACGCGCAAAAAUGCUCUUUCUGAAUACUCCUUUGGUCACCUGGGAUAUAAGAGAACUGAAUCCAGUCCGGAGGUGUCAAAGUCCCAAGUUAGCACGGGAAAGAAAGUUAAAAAAAGUUCCAGUUUCAAAGGGUUUCGUAGAACGUAUGCCCGUAAGAUGAGGCCGAGUACUGCGUCUGUACCUUACACAGUCUCAGAUCUUGGCUCUGACUCACCGUGUACCAGUCCAAGUUCUUCACCAACACCAAUACACAGUCAAAACCUCGAUAUAGACACAGUCACAGGAGAUUCAGGCAUUGAGGACGGAAGUCAGAAUUCCAUAGUGAUGUCAACAAGACCAUCCAACACACAGAUAAUUGGUAUGGAUGAUGAUGAUUUUGCAUCGGAUGAUGAGAGUUCCGACUAUGAACGAAGAUCUAAACCUCCUGUCUCACCAUUUUUGUCUAAGCUUCAGAACUUUGAGACUGGGGACAGUAGAGUUUUCAGUGACCUCCGAGUGUUGGAGACAAAGCCAGCUUACAUGGCGAUAUUUAUGCACUAUGUUUUAACACAACACAAUCCCGCCCCACUAUUGUUCUACCAAAUGACCAGUUUCUAUCGCAACGCUCAGGGCAGCAGUAAAGAUCUGAAGAAAUGGGCGUAUGAAAUUCAUUCAACAUUUAUAGUCCAUAAUGCUCCAUUAAGAGUGACUUCAUUUGGUGAUCACAUUGUGCAAGAGAUAGACACGACGUUAACCUUCAGGUCAGAAAAAGAAGAUUUGUUACGCUCCAUAUUUAAUAAUGCACGAGUUGUCGCUAAAGAAGAUGUACAGAAACUUGUGGAAGAUCUCAGACAGAAAAAAGAACAAGGGCUGAUAGAGGGCGCAGCAGAUCUGAAAGACCAUAUGGAUAAAAAUGAAGAAUUGAAAAUAGUAGAAAAAUACUUAUACCCAGACCUGGAAAAGUGUGUAAUGAGUGAAGAAGAUGACAAAAUGUCAGCCCAGGGCUGGGCCAUCGCUACAUUCCUCCGUCAUAUUGGCCUGAACAAACCCACAUCUCAUAGUGGUAAUGUACUCGAGCGUGUGCCAAGUUUCGUCACAAAAGAUAAACAGAUGUCCAAGUUUAAAUUCAGUAACAGAUCAAAGACCAAGAACCAAAAAGGUCAUCAGUUUGUUUUAUGCCAUCUGUACAAACAGGAAUUCUGUCUGAAGUGUAAUAAAGUGCUGUGGGGUGUUGGUUUCCAAGGAUACCAGUGUCAAACGUGCGAGCAGUGUGUACAUAGACAGUGUGUAGAUGAUUUGGACGAGGUGUGUAACAAGAAAAAGAAACGUGCUUCGACGGCAUUAAACGUCUUCAAACCAAAGCAGCCAUCCAUAGGUGUGUCGGUGAGAUCUGCUCUGUCAGACAUUAUAACUUCAGGUAACGUGAACGUCAUCAUGCACCAGGCAACACCAAUGAUAAAUGAUUCAGAACAAGUCAGCAGUCCAACAUUACCAAAUCAACCAAAUGUGUUUCCUCAACCACUUAAAGACCCUGAAGACAAGGAAAUUAGUGCUUUCAAAGACAGCGGUCAUUCAGUGGGCAGCUUGGUGAAUAGAUUCGAGAAACAAAGCCCUGAACAUGAAACCACUGGAAAGUAUAAUAGAUUUGGUUACUCGAGACGAUCGGCUGCUGACUUUUCACCGAGAAUAACCAGGAAAAAUGCCAUUUCUCCAAGACAAAGCCGGCGUCCUAGUAUGAACCAGUCUUUGUCAGUCCCUCCAAGGAAAAAUUCUGAUAUAGGACGUUCAGAGAGUAUGAAAGGCAGAGGUGACACGAUUACCAGACCAACAAAGCGGUCAAACAGUGAUUUAGCAAUGGACGAGAACACAUUACGUGCUCUCCAGUCGGCAAGUUCAUCCACAUCUAGUCUGAGAAGUAUGGAAAGCCCAAGUACGUCGAUGGACACACUGACGGCCCAGAUACAAGAUGAUUCCGACUUUGACGUGGAGCCCGAGUUACCAUCACUGAAGCAGGUAUUGGGGGAGGAAACAGUGAGAAAACUAAAACCUAAGGAGAAGAAAAGACAAGAUGUUAUAAAUGAGUUGUUUUAUACAGAAAAGUGCCAUGUACGCAACUUAAAGAUAUUGGACAAGUUGUUCUACCGACCAAUGUUGAAAGAACAGGCAAUACCUCAGGAUUUCACAAAAAGCCUUUUUCCUAAUUUGGAAACCAUGAUUCGUCUCCAUGGUUCUCUGAAUGAUUCAAUGAAAAACCGACGUAAAGAAAAAUCUGUGAUAAGUAAUGUUGGUGAUUUAUUGUUGCAAAGGUUUGACGGUGAAGCGGGGGAAAACUUCCGUAACGGCUGUGCCAUAUUCUGUCGUAACCAGUCCCAUACGUUAGAAAAUCUUAAGAUUAGAGUUAGAAAAGAACCAAAAAUGGCUCAACUUCUGUCGGAUGCAGAAAAUAAUCCACUAUGUCAAAGGCUGGCCCUGAAAGAUAUCAUUCCUAAACAGUUUAUGAGGCUGACCAAAUACCCAUUGUUGAUAGAAAAUCUACUUAAAUAUACACAAACCAAUACUGAAGAAUAUUCAAAUUUGGAGCGGGCACAGAAGUGCAGUAAACAUAUCUUAGAAUAUGUGAACCAGGCAGUGAAAGAUUGCGAGAAUCAUCAGCGACUUAUAGAUCUCCAGCGUAGAAUUGAUAAAAAAUCUAUAGACAACAGUCCAGAAAUGGAAGAAUUAAGGACAUUUGAUGCAAGUAAACACAAGUUACUCCAUGAUGGAUCUUUAAUUUGGAGUUUGAACAAUAGAAAACAAAUAGAACUUCAUGUUGUGUUACUAGAACGUGCAAUGGUUCUCUUACAAAAGCAAGAUGAAAGACUAGUUCUAAAGCUUCAAAGCACGCAACUAGUGGCGGGAAAAACUGACUCAAAGAAACACAGUCCAUUGUUAUGGUUGAAUAACGUGCUAGCUAGAAAUGAUGCGACGGAUAAGAAAGCGUUUUUCGUUGUGAAUACUUCCAAGGCGGGACCGCAGAUUUACAAACUGGUUGCAGGAACUGCAGAUGAACAGAAAACUUGGACCAAGUAUAUCACACAAGCAUCUGAAGCCAUGAAGAAGAAUGAAAUCAACCAGAAGAAAAAGCCGCCAGUACCAGAGGAAAUACCCAGGGAACGGAUGGAACAACCAGGGACUGCGAAUGGGGACUUGCAGGACAUUGAAUCAGAAACAUUGGUACAUCCUGGAGAUGUCACGUAUAAUGAUCCGGUUAUCAAUACAGCUGUACAAGUGAUUACACCGCUCGAGAAAUUACGGCAGAACGACGAACAUUUAGCAGCAGUUCUAGAAGAGAGGCAAGGUCUUAUUGCUGAACUACUUAACGUCAGCCCUAAUGAUAUAGCAGAUAAAGUUCAGGAUGUAACAGAAAAUGAAGAAGGAGAAGGGGUUCCUCAGGAAUUGAUAGCUGCCUGUCAGCACCAGACAACAGAAAUAGUGAACAUGAUGAGGGAAAAUACACCGCCCCAAGUCAUACCAAAUACAGACUCGGGCGAGCACGUGGAAUCUGUGGAGGACAUGAGUUUACCAAUUCCGAUGGAACGACUGCGUGACAUGGCUAACAGAAUGAAUCAAAUUCUUACAAAUCUGCUGGCUCAAACCAGGGCUACUGCCACCAUGACUCCCAUGACACAGGCUGCAGUGAAUAGCCGAGAUGAGGAAAGGGAUCGUUUACGCCGGGAGCUGAAGUUCGCGCAAGAGGAGUUGAAUCGUCUGCGACGUAUACAGAAAAUGCAGAUGGAGGCACAGAAAGAGAAAGGUGAGGACGGUGAGCCAGAAGUCACCGAAGAGAAACCAGAACGUCCGGCCAGCAUUGUUUCAGAAACAUCAACAGUGUCAGAGUCAGAGGGUGAUGAGAACAAAGAGGAUAGUGAACAAACCGAUGAACAAGAAACAGAAGUAACUGAGGAUGGUAUGCCAGGCCUUCCAAUAGAACCAGAAAUUGUUAGUGAGUUGGAGACGCUUAAUGAGGUGUCUCCAGGAACAAUGGACACCUUGGUGGAUGCCGAUUCAGCUCUUGAACUUACUGAAAUAUCUGGUAUAGGAAGUGAUGAAAUGGGUAAUUAUGAAGAAGCAGAAGUGGAAGCUGUCGAGGAAGAACUGCACGAGAUGGAACCACCAGAUGAGGAUCAAAUGGAAGACCUUGAUAUUGAUACACCAAUAGUUAAAAUCACUGGUCCUGAUAAUGAUGAAAGUGAUGAAGAUGAAGGAGAAGAUGACAGUGAUGAUGAUGAUGAUGAUGAUGAUGAUAAUGACAAUAAGGAUGAAGAUACAAAUAGAAGUGGUAGGGUUGAAGAUGAAAUGACUGAAGAGCAUGAUGUUGAUGAUAUUGAUAAUGGUGAUAAUAAAUUGACAGGUCAAACUGAUGAUGUGAUGGAUAGAUUAAGAGUUGAUGCAAAUACUGAAGGUGACAGUGACACUGACGCUAGUAGUGAUAAAAAAGAAAAUGGAGAAGUUUUUCAUGAUGCCAUUGAAGGCCAAGAGGAAAGAAAUAAUACAGAAAUCACUGAGGAUCCAGGUGGUAUUGAGACAGAUAGUAAAACUAAAGAAGUAAUAAAUGAAGGUUCAGAAAACAUUGAAAAUUUAGCAAAGUGUAAUACUGAAAUAGAUACAGUUGAUAGUGAAAAUAAAGAGCAGUCUAAUAAUAAUAUAGAAAUUGAUGAUUCAGAUAUGAUGCUGAAACAGAAAGACAUCUGUUAUUCAGACCCAGAAGAUAAUAUAAGUGAAAUAAAGAAUGAUGACACUGUUAAAAGUUUAAAUGAGACACAGUCAAGUGAACAAGUUUGAGCGGAACUGUUAGACAUUUUAUAGAAAAAUCAAGAGUUCUGUCCUGCAUAGCCAUGAAAUACAUAUCCCUGUUUUGUAAAUAAUGGUAUAUAAUAAUCUGUCCCGAGGCAAGAAUAUAUGUAUAUGUAAAGUGAAGAAUAAAAUGUGUAUAAUCAUGCAAUAUACUACAUUUUUAUCAGGAGGUAGAAAUAGGAACAGUUGUAGCAUUCAAUGUAAUAAUGAUACUGUUUUGUUUAUCUGUUGGGUUGAAUGUGAUCCUUAGUAAUAUGGAAAUGGGUUGCAUUUAUUGAGGUAAAUGAUGUUUGACUUUGGCAGUUAUACUUAAACAGGGAGGGUAAAGUUCAGACGUAUUGGCAGGAGAUCAAGAACUGUAGUGUACGGAUCUGGAUUUGCCCAAAACUAUGAAGUUUUUGAUAAAAGUGGCUUAAGUGGCCAAAUGGUUUGAAAAAAAGUGGCUAAGUGGCCAAUUUGACUGGAUAAACAGUUUAAAUGGCCAGUUGUCUGAAAGUGUUUGAAAUGUCUCUGACUGUGCCAUCCAUUUGUUUUUAGUUAGCUUAAUGGGAAGAGUAACUAAAUGGAAGCUCUUUUUGAAGGUUUUGGCUGUGUGUUAGAUGCACCAAGGAGAAAAAUGUUAACUGUGUCAACAAUAUCAAAUCCCUAUGUUGAAAUGUCAAACAAUUAACCUGUAAACAGGGCUAAAAAGUGUGUGGAAUGUGGUAGGAGGUAUGUGUUUGCCUGUAAAAUGAAGGUGUAAGCCAUGGUGAUAAUGGCAUAGUUUGAAUUUCAGUUUAAAUUCCAUGUGUUUGUAAUGGUUAAGGCUUUCAUGUUAUUGUAGUGAAUCGAGACAUUAAAUAAAUUUUGUAUCCAAAAUAGCCAUUAGAUAUUUAAUGAUGAACAAGUUGCACAUUGGCAAAAUGCUUUGCUUGAUGAGAAACACUAGCAUUGAAACUUAAUCAUUUAUAUAAAUAUGUUUGCCAGUUGUCGUUAUAAUAUUUAGAGUUUUAAGUCUUUAAAUUUUUGUGAACAGCUGGUUUUUGUUUUGUUCAAGGUUUUUAAUUAAGGAGAAUCCUGUUUUUCAGUAUGUCCUGUGAUUGCCUUCAGCUUUAUUUUAAAUGCCUCAAUCAGUAACAUAUAGUAGUCAGUGCUUUUAUAUGAUGAGUAGAGCUCAUAGAUUUUAGUGGUCUGUGACCCACACCAUUAGAAAAAUGUUUAACACUUCCAAAUUUUAACUGCCUAGAUGUCCAUUACUCUUAAAAAAUUACAAAAAUGAAAGUACUCUCACUGUAGAUUCUCUUUCCCUUCAUAAUAAGAGUGGGCAUGCUGAAGUUACACCCAACAGACUUCUGUGCCUUGUUGAUGUAGCUCCAAAAAAAUUAGAGUGUCUGGCUAGCCAGCAGAUUAAUAUGGUUACAGAUUUACAAGUUGCCAUCUCAUUUUUGUCACAAAUGCAUGUCUGUAUGUGGUUACUCUCUUUUGUAUGAAAUAAAGAGUGGGUGGUAUUAUUAUACAAGGGUGUAAUCAUUUGUUAAAGGUCAGAAAAUAUAUAUUUAAAGCAGUACUGAGGUAACUUAACUAAAUUAUUCCUUAGAAAUGUUGAUUUAAUUUUAUUGUCUUUGAGAAAUCUUUAUAUUAUGUCUGCCUUUGGCCUCAUCAGUUUUGAUGUUUUACUGAAAUUUUAUGGGAAUUUAAGUAUAAACUUUGGGCUGCAGUAUAUCCUUGACAUGUACAAUUUAUAGUUAGAAUUAAACUUGGUUUGAGCCCAUUUCUGUUUGUAGACCACCAGCUUUCAAAAAAAAAAAAAGUCUGUAUAUACAUCUUAAAUACAUAAUACACCUAAUACAAAACCAGAGCAUAUUCACGUAGGAAAUGGAUUAUGUGAAUUUCAGAACCUCAGGCCUUCUACCAUUGAAAAUGAUAUAUAGUGCUAGUUCAAACAUUUUAAUUAAGUACCUUUAGAAUGUGUUACUGUAUAAAGUUACACUAAAAAUAAAUGUUAAACAGAAACUGUAGAAUCAUACUCGGAAUAAGUGUUACAAAACCUGGAAGCAUUCAGACAUACAAUACUGGCUGGGAACCAGAAACCGGACUAAUUCCAUGUUUUUUUCGUCAUUAUUUAUUUAGAAAUUAUUUGACAUAAAAGAAAUGCACUCUGCAUCAAUUUAGCUCCUACUGCAUCUAAAAGUGUAGCAAGCAUCAUUUAGUGAUGUAUGGUGCUCAGUUGUUUCAUAAAAAGUAGUAAUUUUCUCCAAAUAGUCUUUAAUUUUCCAGCAAUGCAUAUUUAAGAUAACUUGACUGUCAAAAGCAACAGCAGAAGCAAUGUAAGUUAGAUAUCUUUAAUUCGAAAUUUCGACUUAAGGAAUACUUUAGUUCUAGUGUGAAAAUAGCACAAAAACUGACAGCCAAAAUGCAAAUUAUACUUUGAAAUUAAAAGUAACCUGUGUCUUAAGCACAGAUCUAAUAUCCAGUUUAAUUCUUUCUUUUUGGUACCUGAACAAAUUAACCUUUUGCCUGCUGGCGGCAAGUGAUUUUGCCAUUGCGACCAGUGCAGACCAAGAUCAGUCUGCACAUCCGUGCACUGUUCGCUAUUCAGUCAGUUUAUUUUCAGUGAACACCCCUUAGAAUAAUAAAUGGUAUUGCCCAAAUUGAAUGAUGGACUAGUCCAUUUUAGAAAUUUAGCAGCUAAGGAUUAGAAAUAUUGUGCAGAUGUAGUAUUAUCUCCAUGCCUCGAUGAGAGUCCAGAGGUUAUGAAACUGGUCCAGUCCAGAUGCUGGUUCCCAACCAGUUUAUGUGUACUAAAACCUGUAUAGAAUGACACAUGUGUUAUAAAACUCAUAAAACCAUGUAUAUUAAACGUUAUUGUUGAUUUCUAGUAAUAUUUUGUAAAUGGAAAUUUUGUUUGUAUAUACUAUGUAUUGUAUGUAGAUAGAUAUUUACUCAUGUUGAUCAAUAUUUCAUCCACAUUGUUAUUUACUGAUGGGAUCACCUUCCUGUAUCUUUGAAAGUUAAGAAUAAUUUCCUAACCACACGGGUUGGGAUCACCUUCCUGUAUCUUUGAAAGUUAUGAAUAAUUUCCUAACCACACGGGUUGGGAUCACCUUCCUGUAUCUUUGAAAGUUAAGAAUAAUUUCCUAACCACACGGGUUGGGAUCACCUUCCUUUAUCUUUGAAAGUUAAGAAUAAUUUCCUAACCACACGGGUUGGAAUCGCCUUCCUUUAUCUUUGAAAGUUAAGAAUAAUUUUCUUACCACAGGGGUUGGAAUCGCCUUCCUUUAUCUUUGAAAGUUAAGAAUAAUUUCCUAACCACACGGGUUGGAAUCACCUUCCUUUAUCUUUGAAAGUUAAGAAUAAUUUCCUAACCACACGGGUUGGAAUCGCCUUCCUUUAACUUAGAAAGUUAACAAUAACUUCCUAACCACUUGAGUUUGUGAUGUUUGAAUAUUUCUGAUCUAGAAAAUGUGCAAGUUUUCCCAGCUGAAAAGUAUUUCUGCCCAUUGAUAUUUUCUAAUUGUAUAUAUGUUAAUGUCUGCAUAUAUUUAUAGUGUUUUCUUUUUGAAGGGGCAGGCCUCUUAAGUUUAUGUUAGGAUUUUUGAAAUUUAGAAAGCACUUUUGUUUGCUAGUAAUUUGAUAUAAAAAGUUAAAAAACAAAGCAAUUUGGCUUCCUCACAUGAAAAUGUUCUAUUUCUUUAACCAAUAGCAGUCAAGGGCAGUUAACUUAGUGAACAGUAUGCCUUGCUAUAGAUGGUAACAAGUUUUUUUUUUUCAAAUACACAAAAAUCAUUUGAAUUGGUCAAAUGAUAUUGCAACUGUGUGCCAAUACUUUGUACCUGUCAAAUUAUCAGUGUUUUCUCACGGUGAUGGUAUAUAGCAACCUGUACAAUAAAAAAAGGUCAAGUAACGGCUUUUUUGCAUACCGGUAUCUCCUGGCCAUAAUGGCAAACCCAGUUUCAUAAUUGCCCACAGGCUAAAUUCCUCUAGCCAUUAUGACAUUUAAGUAUGCUAUUAUGGCAAGAAGGCACACCUCACACAUACAUUAACCUUUCGAUAUUUUAUGUAAAGUCGGUUUUUCCAUCAGUAUAUUAACAAUUGUCAUGUUAUCCCUUAACUUUUUAGGGACUAGAUUCAUAGUGCUUUAUGUUAUAUAUAUAUAUUAUAUAUACAAAAUAUAAUGUUUAAACUACACUGUGAUUGUGUUCAUUUAAUACAUUGUAAUACUAAUAUUAAAAUUGACAUAGCAAAACCCAUCAUGCAGCAGAAAUGUGCUUUAUACAGGAUUUCAUUAAGAGUGUUGAUAUUUUCAAUCUUGUUAUGUUUUUAUGAUUUUUUUUUAGAUAUAUACCCCAAAGAAACCAUGUAGUUAUGUAUUUUAUGAUGAAUACGCAAUUUGAGUUUUGAAUUUUAUUUAGAUGAUAAUUUGUUUGAAGGAUUUAUUAAUCUAGAGUUGUUACCAUGGGAACAUAUUUCAUUUAUGAUCCGAGAUGGAAGUUUUGAUGCAAGUAUUGUUGUUUACAGUUGAACUUUGUGUCAAAGACCACCAUACCUGCAAACAAGAAGGCUGUACAUGAAGGACAGUACAUGUUUUAACCUAUUAAAAAGACCUUAUUUUGAUAUUUUAGAGCAGGUCUUUUUAUCUGAAAUUUCCGAAACUUGUCCCAAAUGAACGUUUUACUCCGGCGAGUUGUCACCUCGAAAAGGACCAUUAUUGUAAACUUCUCCAAUUUUAAGAGUUUUGUUGAUUUAUGAUAAAUUAUAAUAUUUUCAAGUUUUUUGUUGUUGACAUUUUGGAUAACAAUUGUAUGAUGACCAUUAAAAUGCCUGAAAAAUGUGCAACAUGACAGAAUAAUAAACGUUAUCUUUCAAUAAAAACUUCUUAUGCAAAAUUGUCAAUUUUAUGGUGACAAAACAUUUAAGUGAAUUCUUAAAAAAUCAUUUCACUGGGAGCAGAAUUUUAGAAAAAAAGGGUCUAGAAUUGGUUCCCAUUAGUGGAUAUUGGAAUGGGGACAUUGGUUUUAUGUGCAAUACAUAUUCGAGACAAAUUAAAGUAACAGAAUAAUAUUUGGCAUAAUGAACGAGUAUUAUAUAAGGGUGUACGUAUAUACCAAAAUGAUUGCAACAUUUUGGAACACAUAUUAUAUAGAUGAUGUUUGUUUCAGAUGAGUUCUUUUACUCUUGUAAAAAUAAAUAAAUCAUGGAAAUCGAAGUGAUUGUGGCCAUCAAUAGUUGGUUUGAAGCGGCAUGUUUCAAAAUGUAGUCAAAUGGAAGAAAUGGAGAUAUUUGGAUUUUGGGCCAGUAUUUACACACAGAAAAAUCUUAUAAUCAUUGAAAUGUGUAGAAAUGGUUUCGAUUUUGGUUAGGCAUGUAGUAAAUUGUACCUUCGUCAGUGAAUUAGUGCUUUAACUUAUAAAACAUUCUUUUAAGAUUUUUGAUGAUUUAAAAUCGGUUUCUUUCAAUAGCUUUAGUAUUUCGGCAUUUUCCUUGGAGCUUGCUGCUAGAAGAUAAUGUUUGUUACUGUAUUCUAAGUUCUUUAAAACAAUACAAGUAUAAAGUUUUUUGUGGUGGUUUGAAAACGUAUUCUGCAGACAUAUGCAUGUUUCUGGAAAAAGGACUUUGGCAUAAAUAAUAAUUUCUUAAAAAUGUGGGUGGGGGCAGGGGUGGGGUUGAUAGAAUCCAGUCUGGUUACUUCUAAAAUUCUAUCGAGUAGAAUGUGUAUAUGCACUGUUGUUACUAAGUGAGUUUUUAUAGAGUACAGGAUAGUUUUCCUGCAUUCAUACAUAUAAUAUAUAUAUAUACCCAGUGUUUGUUGUUCUGUAAAAGAAUGUUGUACAUUAUUAGCCUCAAGUUAUAUUUACAAAAUGCUAUGUCGAUUUUUCUAUAACUAUAUCAAUUAUCAUGCAACAGUCUGAUGAUUAUUGCUUGAAUAAAAUGAAGAAUUAAACAUUACAACGCAAA